AUGUACCGUGUAUGCGCAUGGGCGGAGAAACUGCCGCUGUGCGCUGUUAUUAUUGUAAGAGUAAUUUCUUUUUUUUCUUUUUCUUUUCUUUUUUUCUUUUUCUUUUAAAAAAUGGCGUCCAGUCAGGGAGGCGUGGGAGCUGUCACCGCUCUACAAAGCCAUCACUAUCCCACCGGACCUCACUGGAGCCCGGGCAUCACACCGUUCCAGCAGCAGCACCACACGGCCCGAAGCCUGGACCGGGCUCUGGAGGAUGCCGUGUGCUCGGGGAUACUGAACCUGAGCGGCAGGAAGCUGAGGGAGUACCCGGGGAUGAGCUACGAUCUCACCGAUACAACACAAGCAGAUCUGUCUAAGAAUCGUCUCACAGAAAUCCCCCCAGAAGUGUGUCUGUUUGCCCCCCUGGAGUCACUCAACCUCUACCACAACUGCAUUAAGUGCAUCCCAGAAGCUAUUAUCAAUCUGCAGAUGCUGACUUAUCUGGACAUCAGCCGAAAUCUUCUGACAGUGUUGCCGAAAUACCUUUUCAACCUUCCCCUGAAGGUUUUGCUUGUGAGCAACAACAAGCUUGUGUCCAUCCCUGAAGAGAUUGGCAAGGCCAAAGACUUAAUGGAACUGGACGUGAGCUCAAACGAGAUCCAGGCGCUGCCUGCUCAAGUUGGAAAGCUUCAAGCCUUGAGAGAACUCAACAUCAGGAAGAAUAGUCUUCACAUGCUGCCUGAUGAGUUGGCUGACCUGCCUCUCAUCCGACUUGACUUCUCCUGCAAUAAGAUCACAGAGAUUCCUCCAGCCUACAGGAAGCUGAGGCAACUGCAGCACAUCAUCCUAGACAACAACCCUAUGCAGUCUCCACCGGCACAGAUUUGUCUUAAAGGCAAAGUGCACAUAUUUAAGUACCUGAACAUGCAGGCUUGUAGGAUGGAUAAGAAACCAGACACCCUGGACCUCCCCUCUCUUGGCAAGCGUUGCCUACCGCAACCACUAACAGAUAGCAUGGAAGAUUUUUACCCAAGUAAGAACCACGGUCCUGACUCUGGAAUUGGUAGUGACAAUGGUGACAAGAGGCUGUCUACAACAGAGCCUUCAGACGAUGACACUGUCAGCCUGCACUCUCAAGUUUCAGAGACAGCCCGUGCCGACGCCCUGUCACUCCUCUCCAAAAUGGACUCUUGCAAAGAUCAGGAUCUCUAUGACUUUAUAGAGCCCAACCCGGACGAGGAUCCUGCUCUGUCAGAGUGCAAUGGGCAGCAAAGCAGUCAUGUGUCUUGUAUAAAGGAACUGGAGAAAGUUCUUAACAUGUCUCACCAAAGCAAAGAUAAAGACAGCUGGAAAGAGGAGUCAGGUUCUGAUAAGGAGCAGCUAGCUGAGGAAGAGGACGAUGAGCUGAAGGAAGUGCUUGACCUGAGGAAGAUUGCUGUCCAGCUUCUGCAGCAGGAGCAGCAGAACAGACGACGGUCCUUAAUUUGCAGAGCCGAAAGUCUAAUUCACAGGAGGAGAGUGACCGGCCGGGCACACAGAUUCCUCAGUCACUCUGGAAGCUCCGGCAGCAAACCGAGACUCACACCUCAGACCGCUCGCAGUGCCUCUUUAGAUGAAGGAAGCAGUGGAGCGUCAGUGCUGAGUGGACAGCCCUCUUCCUCCUGCUCCUUUGAUGGCUGUCUGAAGACAGAUCAGUCUGAUUCAGAGCCAAAGUGGCCUGAGAUCCCACCUGUCCUCAAUCAGAAUGAAGACCGCAGGCGGAACAAGUAUCUACGAAAAGAUUAUCUGAAGUACAAAUGUCAAAGUGCUCGCAAAAACUCGAGUGGCAACGCUGACUCUGAGGAGGGUUUGCGCAACACUGAUUUCAGCACUACCCUGACAGUGUUUGGACUUAAGCCAAGAUCAGCCUUCACCAGAGGAAGCCAUCAGGAGAUCAGCUCUACAGACCCGAGCUUCACGAUGAGAAGGAAGAUGGAGCACUUGAGAGAGGAAAUGGAGAAGAUAGGACUGUUACGACAGAACAUUGAGUCCAGGCUCAAGGUGUUGCUUCCGGAUGAUGUUGGAGCAGCUCUAAUGGACGGAGUUGUCCUUUGCCAUUUAGCUAAUCAUAUCUGUCCUCGGUCUGUUGCCAGCAUCCAUGUACCAUCUCCUGCAGUGCCAAAGCUUAGCAUGGCCAAAUGCCGGAGAAACGUGGAAAACUUCUUGGAUGCCUGUAAGAAGCUGGGUGUCCCACAGGACAAGCUGUGUCUGCCACAUCACAUCCUAGAAGAACGUGGCCUAGUGAAAGUGGGUGUGACUGUGCAGGCUCUGCUGGAUCUCCCCUCUUCUAAGCCCACGCAGCUCUCGACUGUUUGACACGAGCCUCAGUUUUGCAUCAGACCUGCACUCGUGCAGGAUCACCUCUCUACCAAGCCCAAACCUUCUUCCUCAUUACCAGGGACCAGAGAUCCCAGUGGGGCGAGGACACAGUGGCCCCAUGGGUCUUUUGGAGUUGACUUUUGCCUGACUGAAACAGGAGACAAGAUGUCUAAAUGCUUCUGUCUCUUCAUAUGAUGUCAGCUACCACUUACCUCUCUUCCAUCACAUUUUCACUCUUAUGCUGUUCCUAUUACUGGGGUCAUCCUGGAUGUGUGUUUUCUAAGGUGCUGAGCUAAAACUUGCAGAAGAGGCACACACGACGAUGAAUCUAAGACAUUAAAGGUUUGUGCGUCCUUCUUUCUAGUCACUGAGUCUGCGAGUGUCAGCACUGACCAAGUGGAAGUGAGGAAAUGACAGACACAUAACUCACUCUUUCACUGGAAAGGACUAGGCUGCCUGUACUGAGGGACCUUAUUGGGUCCUUACACUUGAGUUGCUCUUCUUACUUGUUAAAUUUAUUUUCUCAGUGAAUUUUUUCUUGAUUUUUGUUUUCAUGGUUUUACACAGUCUUCAUCAGGCAUGCAAGGAUGAUAUCCUGUUUUGAGCAGCUAAGCCUGAUUCAUCAAUUGUUUUGUUUUUGUAAUGCAUUUAGACAGUGCUUUUUGAAAGCCGGUGUAAUCUAGGAAUGAAUUUAAUGUUAUUAUCAUGCAGACAGAGGACUUUACGCCUGUUUUUCUGGUGCAGUUUCAACACCUUUCGACCAUAAAUCACAUCUGCAUGCACCAGGGGACUUGACAUUUGACCACUGUGAUAAUACGAACUUGGCUUUUGCCAAAAGCAUGAUAUCUUGUUUUGUACUGUAGCAUUUUUUCACCGUGUUUUUUUUUUUUAAACUCUAGGCCAUUCUCGAUUUUACCUUUUCUGAAGCUUUUGAUACUUUGCUUCCAGCUGUUUCCAGUUAAUGCUUGCCAGUUAUGUGAAAUUAGCAGCACAGAUCUGCCGUAUUGUUUAUAUUCUAUGUGAAUAUUGUUUGUGAACGGCUGACUGAUGGGUGCCUGGAUCCGAAAAUGGUUCAGGGUGCCCUUACAAACUUCCCACGCACGGUAUGGUCUUAUUUUCCCACUAAGCCAUCCUGUUUAGUGUGGUUUCUAAUACACUUUAUUUCAGGGAAAUUCUAUUAUUUAUCUAUUUAUUUACUUGUUUUAACUGUGUACAUUUUUGAUUUGUGUGUCUCUGUCCUCACUAUCUGCCCACAUGCAACUGAAGAUGUUAAUCUAAUGUUUUCCAGCAAAUGGAAAAUGACUAAAAGCUUUUAACUUUGGCACUAAUCUGUUCCAUAUGGUGGAUCUGAGAGUUCAGUUCACUGCCACAUGAGAAAACACACGACAAAAACAGACAAAACACAAACCAGAAAUUGAAACCAUAAACUAAUCAAGAGAUCUGAAGAAUAAUUUUCUUUAUUUUUAUAUAAACACAUUUUUUAACUUUAUUUCUCAGACCAUGAUUUGCAGCCAUGGCUAAAAAGAAGUUCAUCAUCUAUCAUUUCUAUGGUUAGCAGGAUCAUACCAGGAUGUAAUUUUAAAAGUAUAGUUCUUUUCAGGUCUAAAACGUAACCCUGGAGAACCCAUGGGGUCAGAUCCGACCCCAUUGGUUUACUAGGGAACCCAUGGGGUCAAAUUUGACCCCAUGGGUUCUCCAGGGUUAAAUAACCCUAAGGACAUAUUAAUACAUGACAUAAUACAAUGUUAUUUAACAAAAAGGACGCCAGAGUGCAGAGGCACUUUGGAAUUCUGGCCCACUCUUCUUUACACGCCACAGGAUUUCAGUCAGGUUGAGGUCUGGGAUUUCUGUUGUAGAUUCACUUACUGUUGCAUGACCCGGUUUUGGCCAAGCUUUAGCUGUCGGACAGGUGACCUCACAUAAUUGACUCUAGAGUACUUUGGUAUACAAACAAAACAAGCCCAAGUCAUCACUCCUCUUCCACCGUGCUUUUUAACAGUUUAAGGUAUGAUACAUUUGAGUUAAUCUUAUCUUAUCGUAUUUUCUUUUUGCCAAAUGUGGUCCACUUUAGUCUCAUCUGUUCAAAGGGCAUCAUUCAAGAAGUCUUGUGGGUUGCACACAUGUAACUUUGCAAACCUAAGCUGUCCGCCAUGGUCUUUUAAAAGCAGAGGGCUUCCUCUGGCAAGCCUUCUAAACAAACUUUAUAUGCGGCAUAAAGUUGUUGUCACUUUGGUGAUGUCUCCUUGGCAUUGAACCAGUUCAUACCUGAGUGCUCCAGACCAGAAAACUGUCAAAGCAUCUGCUUUUAUAGAGGAGCUUAGGAAUAAUAAGCAAGGACUUACUUCUGCUACAUUAAGGCUUACUUUUUGUUAAAUAAAUAAUGAUAUGGUGUAUCAUGUUAUCUGUUAUUGUUCAUCUCCAGAUGUGCUUACCUCAUUUUAAGACCUGCGAUGGACAGAUUUAAUAUAUUUUGUCCUAAUGUGCAAAACCUUAGUACAACACAGGGGUUGUACUGUCAUUUUACAAUGACUGUGUAUACACUCUGUGUUUAAAACACAGUUUUAAUUAAAACCUAAAGUGAGGUUAAUGAUUGGAUUUGCAUUAAAUAGAUUACUGGCAAAAGACUACACGAUCUACUAAAUAUGGGCUAACGCGACAUCCCUAACCACUUCAUAGGGCCAGGAUACCCAGUUCCCUAAUCUGACAGAACAAACAAAGAGAAAACUUGGUUAAUGAUCGGUAACUGACUUCACUAACUUCGGGUUUCUUCACUCGCAGCCAUUAGAAACAAAGUAUGAUGACCUAGUUCACACCAUUCUCACACAAUAGCUUUCAUGCAGCCAACAGCCACAGACUUCACUGAAGGCUAAUUGAUUCUAAAUUUGCAUGCUGAUAUGACACCAGUUAAAUUACUUCUGACAGAGAAGUCUUUGAUAGCGCAGCUAUGGCAGUCUCGUGUUUUAACAAGGUCUCUCUUUUUACCACAGAAACAAGUUGACAGGGUGGUUAGAGCAGAGUGAUGUCUGGUGAAUAUGUGGCGGAUCACAAACCUGUCCUUUUUUGGUGAGCCUUAGCUUUACUAGCUUAACGAGCCAAAGGCUAAAAACUAAUGUGAAAAAACAUUUGAGACUGGAGCAGAACAUGUAGAACUACUGUGCCUCAGAGGAGGGAUAGCUUUAUUUAUUUAUUUGUUCACUUGUAGGUUAACUUCUCUGUACAGGAUAAUUUAUGUUGUUGUUAACUUAAACUGCUUCUAUGCCGAUGAGCUGCAUCUCCGAUUGGCCAUCUUACUUGUGGAGAAUUUGCUCAGAUGCAGUGGUCAAACUUCAUGAAAGGAAGUAUAGAGACUUGCACUUCUGGUUUGAUUCCAGGAUACGAGCGUGUGUGCCAAAUUCUUGGUUUCCAUGUUACUGCUUUUCACCUCACGUUAAUAACCCCAGUGUCUGAAUUUGAAUGGUGUUCAUGAGAACCUCUGCUUCCUCUGAAUAGCCUGUAUUUUCCCCCCUAUUGAUGCUAUGGCGUCAUGUUCCAGAGAACAGAUAUCACACAGAUAAAAAUUAAGCUUCCAGUUUAUCAGACCUUGAGUGUAAAAUAUGCAUAAACCAUCACAGAAUCUCAGGUCAAACAUUUUACUUAUGCAGAUAACUUUGAGUCUUUAUGAAUGACUGUACUGUUGGUCACUGGGUGAUGUUUCCUGGUGUGUCAUUUGGAAUGUGGUAGUUGUUCUUUUUCCUGCAGGGCUCUAGUUAACAAGCAAAGCAAGCAGCAGUCAGUGAGCUCUCUUUUAAAGUAUCUACUGUAUGCAUUCACCAAAUGUAUUGCCGUGCAGAAUCCUUUAUUCUGAAACACAAUCAAAUGUAACAACUGAAAAAAUAAUACGUAAAAUAAUAAUAUUACACUGUGGUAGCCUGACAGGAGCUUUUUGGGUAUAUCUGAUGGUAGCUUUCUAACUUCUUAUCUUUAAACAAUAAGAAUAACUUGAUACCUGAACUUACCUUACCUAUAGAUACUGUUACAAAUAUUAACAAUGGUGCAGAACUUUAGCUAAGAAUGUGUUGCCUCAUCUCUGUCUUUUAAAUUGCUGCACAUAUUCUGUUGUUUUAAAUAAUGCAGUUGCUCUCAAAUUUGAGGUCCUUUGUGUGAAAAGUGAAAGGAAAAAUAGAAUUUUGUAAACAAACUAGAAUACAUUUUCAUGAUUUUGUCACUCGUGAAGACUGCCUGGGACUGGGACACAUAGUGUGUUGAAUAUCUCACCGCAUAGACAAUGUUUUGUGGCUUUAAUCAUUAUUAUCCGGUUACUGAUGUGGUUUCCAUGGAAUUCGACUGAGAUCUUCAGAUAAUAGUGACUCAUACAGGUGAAGGAAUAUAAACAGAGGAUAAUUUUCUCUCCUGUGGGGAGAAGAGGUUAAACCACGUGAUACAAGUAAUACCCUCUGCUAAUAUAUGUGCAUCUACAAGUCAUAAAUAUUCAGUAAUAGCAAAUUAAAUUUUCACCACACCUUGUGGAAAAAACCGCUUUCAUAUAAAUCCAGUUGGAAAAAAACACUCACACACCCUCAGAGUUCUUUGUCCUCAAGAUUAGCACAAGGCAGGCCUUAUCCCUUGUGUAUUUUUCUAUUUCUAAUAUCCAUAGUAACACAUAUUGUAUUAACAGGUGUGUCUCAUUUCCUAAGGGCUGCAAUUAUAAUAAAUCCAAUUGGACACAAAACCUCAGUGGUGUUUUAAGUGGUACAGAUUUAGGCUGAAUUGAACUGGUGUUGGACUCUAACGAUGCGUGUAACUUCUGUAAGUUGUUGUAGAAAGCAAGGGAGAGCAGCAGCUUGACCUCUGUUAUCUCUUUCUGCAAUAUACUUAUGUCAUCACCGCACUGCUCGUGCCCCUGCAAAGACACGGCACAUUACAUUUUCAUUCAUCUUGUCAUCGAAGUGUUUCUGCAAAGCAUAUUUACACCUCGGUAUUUGCAAAAGAGAUGUGAUAUUUUCUGACAUUUGACGGAAGCUUAAACCCCCCCAUCUGUACCCAGUGUAUGGAUUUUCAUUUUGACUGAAUUCAGUUCUGUGACAUUGUAUGUGUAGCGGUUGUUAGUAAAUCUUUAUUUAAAAGUCUCGAAAGUAAAUCUGUGUGUUGUAAUCUGCGCCCCUGUUUGUACUGCCCAUGAAGUAAUCCUUGUUCUGACAGUUUCUCAAGUUCAACCAAAGAUAAGGCUUCGGUGGGCUAACAACAUACGAGUUUUCUUGUGAAAUUUCCACUUUAUCGUUCAGUAUCUUUUUGUUAGAGGAGUAAAGAACACAAAGAGGACACUGCAACAUAAGACUAGAGAAAGAAGCGCACGAUCCCUCUAGCCCUUUAGCUUGGCCCUACCUUAAGGACUCUAAUCUCCAAUACUUUAGCAGGGAUUUCUUCAGGGCAAGCAUGGACUGGACGAAAUAAAUGUAGGGACUGAUUCCUCUUGACAUAUAUGAAUAGUGUUCAGAGGCAGGUGUUAACAAAGGUGAACGUGAUCUUUUUUGCACUGUUUGGAAGUGUGAAAAUGUCUCUUUCUGUAACUAUUGCUUGAUGAAUGUCUCUCAUCAUUAGUGAACAUUGUGUUACCUCAGCAACUGAUCCAUCCGCUGGUUUUUUUUUUUGUUUUUUUUUUUAAUGUUUCUUAUUAGGCCUGGGGGCAGGUUUAUGUGUUUCUAUAGAACAGCAAUGUACAGGAUGUUUUGGAAUAAUGGGAAAGUCUGCUGCAUACUUACUGAACAGCUUGCAAUAUGUAGAAUUCAUAUGCAUACACGAAAAGACAGUGGUGCUGAUUUUUAUUUUGUAAUUUUGUAUGUGAUAAAUCCAUUGCCGUGCCUAAGUAUCUGUUAUUGGUUUAAUUGGUUACGCUCGCCAUGAUUUAACGUCUCACAAGUGUCGUCUCGUUAGGAGAAAACAGUGAAAUAGUGAGUUAUGUCUAAAUGCUACACUGCCGAGAGAAUUCACAAUUCAUGUACAUAAUCUGGUUUUUUUGUAUUUAAAACUGGUCUGACGCAUGCAAGACUACAAAAUCACUGAAGCUAAACCUGUGUACAUAUCAUCUGUGUAAAUUCCAAGGUUUUCUUAUAGCGAACAUGCUGAAUCUAAAAAUAAAGUGAAA